AUGUUUUCACAUAUCAUUGUCAAGUUUUUUAUUCAAAUUAUUCAAGUUGUACUUUUAAUUGUUUUUGCACAUUUCAUCUUCGAAGUGGAAUUUAAAGGAUCAUUAUUAUUAUCAAUGGCUUUGAUUUUUCUUCAGGGAAUUUGUGGAAUGACUUAUGGUUUAUUGAUCUCUUCAUUCUGUGAAAAUGAAAUGCAAGUUAUGGAAGUUGCUAUGGGAAGUGUUUUCCCCAUGUUACUUAGUUCAGGAAUUCUUUGGCCAGUCGAAGGAAUGCCAUCAGUUAUGCGUUUUCUCAGUCACUUUACACCGUUAACAUAUCCUGUUGAAGCGAUUCGAUGUAUCGCAGCACGAGGUUGGUCAUUUGUUUACUACAAAGUUUGGCUUGGAUUUCUCAUAACGAGUUCCUGGAGUUUAGCAUUUUUCAUUAUCGCUGCUAUUUUACUCGCGUUGAAAAAAUAA